CCCAAGAGAGAUUUGUUUUUAGCAUUUCUUUGCUCUAGAGCGGCAUUGUAGAGUAGGGAAAAUAAGUUUUUGGUAUCAUUCUGAGAAAUUUGGUUUUGCUGAAACAAACAUCCAUCAGUUUAUACUUAUAGAAUUCGCCGCCAUGCCGGUGCAUCGUGAUCGCGAGAAGAAGGAUAACACAGCAGAGGAGAUGGAGGUGGAGGAGCAGGAGCAGGAAGGAUCUAGCUCAGACGAGGAAGAAUCCGACACCUCCUCUGUCUCAGAGGAUGGAGACAGCUCGGAAAUGGAUGAAGAGGAUUGUGAGCGGAGAAGGAUGGAGUGCUUGGAUGAAAUGUCAACUCUGGAGAAACAGUUCACCGAUCUUAAAGACCAGCUGUAUCGGGAACGUCUCACUCAGGUCAACAGCAAGCUGGCAGAGGUAGAGGCCGGCCGUGCAGCAGAAUAUUUGGAUCCUCUGGCCGUGUUGUUGGAGAACAUGCAGGUCCGCACCAAGGUGGCAGGCAUCUACAAGGAGCUGUGUUUGGAGUCUGUGAAGAAUAAGUACGAGUGUGAGAUCCAGGCAGCGUGCCAGCACUGGGAGAGUGAAAAGCUGCUGCUGUUUGACACCGUACAAAGUGAACUGGAGGAGAAGAUCAGAAGACUGGAGGAAGACCGACACAGCAUCGAUAUAACGUCAGAGCUGUGGAAUGACGAGCUGUCGGGGAGGAAGAAGAGAAGAGAUGCUUUAAGUCCUGAUAAGAAGAGGAGACGACCUUCAAUGGUGUCUGGCCCUUAUAUAGUCUACAUGCUUCCUGACUUGGAUAUCCUGGAGGACUGGACAGCUAUCAGAAAGGCAGUUGCCACCCUGGGUCCCCACAGAGGGAAGGUGGAGUCUGACAGCACCAGCUUCCCAUUCAGAGCAGAGAGAAACCGACCCAUUCUCAACUGUUGAGACACCACCACAUGCAUCACUCGCCCUUACGUACUCUCUCGCGCACACACACACACACACACACACACACAAAACAUCAGCUAGUGCACACGUGAAAACCAUGUGACUGCCGGUAAGCUGGAACACACAACUUGCAGACCGGAGUCGCUUUAAAGGACAAACAAGUUAGAUUCUAUUAGCGCCAAAAAUUUCCAAUGAGGAUUUCCAAUGAGCAUAUUAUUCCUAAAUGUGAUCAUGUGUAGCGUAAGCCUAUUGAAAUGUUCAAUAGGUAUUUUCCAUUAGGAUUUCAACGGUAUGCUCACUGUGACUCACUAUGCUCAGAUCAGCUCAGCAGCUUUUUGUUGUUGUUUUUUUCCCCAUGUUAUUAUUAUUAAUUUUUAUUUUUUUUUUACUGACUAUAAGUGAAAUGGAAUAUUUUACAAUUUCCCUGAGCAUGUUGCCCAACAAUGAGUCUUACUGAAUAUUUUUCCUCACAGCAGCUUCUAGUGCAGGGGUGUCCAAAGUGCGGCCUGUGGCUGUUUUUUGUUUUUAUUGCCCCUCGACACAUUCUAAAAAUACAAGUAAACAAGAAAAAGUGCAGGAAUUUUAUGUGAUUAAAAACAAAACAUUAAGAAAGAUAAAAAAUAAAGUCAUAAUAUUAAGAGGAAAAAGAUGUAUGAGAAUAUUUAUUAUAUUAUUUAAAUAUGUAUGAAAAAUUAAAACAGGAAAAAAUAAACGAGCAAAAAAGUGUAACGUAAGGAGAAAAAGUUCAUUCAUACUAAUAAUACGCUUUGUCGCCGAUAACACAAAGCUGAGAUGCUGGCUUUUUUUAUUGAUUUAUUUUUUAAUAUAAAAAACAUCUCAGCAUAUCCACAUGGGGUGGUUAAAAGUGCCCCCCCCCCCCCCAUCCUUUUAUUUUUCAGUAUGCAGCCCUUGGUGGAAAACGUUUGGACACCCCUGUUCUAAUGCCAUGCAGGUAGGGAAUGGAUGUGGAUUGGUGACGCUACGACGUCUUUUGUACAGUUGUACAGCUGUUGCUUUCUGGCGUUUUUGUAACAAGCAUCCAGUGGAACAGUUCUUGGUUUUAAUUGCGUCAAAACAAAACAAAAAAAACACACAAUGCAUAAAUGCAUCAUGUGGAAAAUUAUUUAAUUCUUUGACCAUCGACUGUGUUUAUGAUACCUUCAAGUUUUAAGUCUCUAUUUUCCUCCUGUUGUGUUUUUAUAGCACAGUAACUGAAAUCACUCCUGGUGAUUUCCUAACUCAUUCCUGAAAUUUGAUAGUCCUUUAAAAUGUAAAGUAUUUCAUGUUGUACGUAUCUACCUCCGCUCUCUCCAUUAUCCCAAAUGUACUUAGGAAAUAUUCCAAAACAAAUGGUUUUCUUUAAAGCCUGCAGUGAGGACACCAAACAGGUAAAUAUAAUGGUUUAACAAAUCAUUUCAUUGCAUUGAUUUUAUAAAUUAAUGAGUUUUUUAUGCUGUUAGUUUGUUUUUCAACAGUUUUAUGUGAUGUUAUGUGUCAAGCAAAAUGUUCUUGAUGGGAUGUUUUGCUAUUAAAAUGUUUUGUUUUUUA